GUUGGUAUUCUAUUAUUAUAACAAAUCUCAAAUUUUUAAUUUAUACGCGAUAGGUUACAUGCAAAACCGUUCGGAGGGUCCAUGGAAAUAUCGGCGGCGGCGCGGUACACGAUGGACGCGGAGGUGCCUGUGACCGGCCAUCCAGAGACCGACGAAACCAAGUGGCUGCGGCGCUGCCUGCCAGUGUUCGUCCAGCCCCAAGUAGAUCUGGACAACGAGAACCACCUGAUCAAGAUCCUGUACUCGUUCGUGCGCAACUCCACAGACGGGUUGCUGUCGUGCCAUCUCUGCGUGAUCUUUGCCGGUGAAUCGUCCUACAAUCGAAAACACGAGCACAAACACAACUCCCUCGCCACGCUCUUGUAUCGGUCGUUCAACCGGCAUGCUUACGAACGCACGGCGGACAUCAACUACAUGGAGUACCGCAACGUGGACAUCACGCCAGACGCGGUGCAGCCAUGGCAGAGCAUCCACACCGAAGAUCACUCGGGGGCGCAGCGGUGGUCGCAAGGCGACAAAGCCAACAUCUGCAACUGGUUUUCCCUCAUGCAUCAUUACGAGACGGAAGUUCCCAUCGAGGAAUGGCACGUCACUCCUGGCCCAAGCGCGCGGCCGUACGUGUACUUGAACACGUGCAACCACAUGAUCGGCGAGACAGACAACAACCCGCAACUCCCCAAACACGAGUGGGUCAACUACCAGUUCCAACAAGGCGACGCGUACGAUGCACUCGCGUGGGUGAAGGACCACAUCCCAACCAAGAUGAACCUGUACUCGAUCUGCUGCUGCUGCUGGGCCAGGAACGGCGGCGGCUGCUGCGACCGCCACGUCAUCGUAGGCAGCAAAGCGCACCACAAGCUCGUGUCGGCCACCCCCAGUAGCAGCGACAAGACGCACUAUGUGCUACACGAAGACGACCCAGACAACGUCGUCGUCCCAGCGCCAAAAGCGGUGAAAACUUUGAAACAAAAACGAGGCUUUUAACUUAAUGUACUUGCUCUCCACCAAUCCGAGCCCGUUUUAACCUA